AUGGUCGACCGCCCACACAUCCACUUGCCUUGCAACUUCAAAUUCCUAAAGACGAGCUCUGCAUACGGGACUGUCAACGUCUCGCUAGCUCCGCCACUAAGGAUCAUCCGGCCCUCAUGCUUCAAGGCGCACAGAGCGGCGUUAAGGAAGGGCGGGUUCUUCAGCUCGCCAGGCGACCAGUCGUUAUACACCUCGGCACCGGCGCCUUUAGGAGUUGCGGCCAGGAUUGAAGCCGUAUCGGCAGCGCUAUCGCCCGUCAUGACCACUGUCCUGAGGCGCGGGUUACCGUUGAGCUUUUUUUGCAUUUCUGCUAGCUUGCUUGUACUACGGCCAAGAGCAACAACAUUGCAGCCGAUAGUAAGGGCGAUCUCGACGGCCAGACCGCCAAAGUUGCCACCUGAUGGCCCUACGAUGACGGUUUCACCGGCUUUGAGAUCAGCAGCCUCGAGUAACGACCCGGCGGACACACAAUAG